AUGUUCGCCGCACGACAGAGGGCAGUUUGCGCCGCCCGCCAGCUGCAGCGGACAUGCCGAACCUAUGCCUCCGAGGCCCACGGCCACGGCCACGGCCACCACUCGUCUGCGCCCGUCAGCGAGUCCUUCGGGAAAGGAUCCGUUAUUACGCUCGGCGCGUUCCUGGGCACCAUUCUCGUCUUCCAGUUCCGCCCUCAGGAGAGCGAGACCUGGAACGGCGUGCUCGCAAAGUACCGAUCAAAGGCCGAGGACUGGGAAGCCAUCAACGCUCUGCACACCAAGGCCGCGGAGCAGGCUGGCUACGACAGAAAUCUGUUUGAGAACGCAUCAACCAAGCGCGCGUUUGUCGACAUCGCAUACCCCGAGGCCUUUACAUCCCACGCUCAGCGAAACAUCCAGGCCGGUCACCUCCCUAACAUUGACCACGUUGUAGAGCACUACCGACAACAGCACUUGAAGGUGGAGGAGAAGAAGGCGACCAAGCUGGCCGCUGCAAACAAGGACGAGUAA